AUGGUAGCGGUCCACAAGGUGGGGGCUUGUAGCCUACGGGAGGAGCUGGGUCUUUGUUGUCUGUGCCUGUCCGCAGGGCAGGUCCUAAGGCUGUGGGGGCUGAAAUUAGGGCCUUGUGAGUGCCUGGGGGAGCACAGGGCUGUUCUGGCUUCAGGGGCCUUUGGAGCUGGGACCACAAGCUACUUCGAAGCUUCCCAUGGGACCCCACAUCGCAGCGCCACCUUCAGGCCCACGGGGCUGUCGGAACCUGCGACCCGGGAAACGUCCCGCAGCACCCGCGUGGUCCUGGAGAAGACUAAGUCUCAGCCACUUCGCGUACAAGAUAAUUCGGCCCCCGCCAAAGCCCCGAGGCCGUGGCCCAGCCUCCGCGAGCGCGCGAUUCGGCGCGACAAGCCUGCGCCCGGAACGGAGCCGCUGGGUCCUGUUAGCUCCAGCAUCUUCCUUCAGUCAGAGGAGAAGAUCCAGGAGGCGCGGAAGACUCGAUUCCCGCAAGAGGCGCCGCAUCGAACUGUCCAGAGGGCACGGAGUCCGCCUUUUGAGUGUAGGGUCCCCUCGGAGGUUCCGAGUAGGGCUGUGAGGCCAAGAAGCCCGUCCCCGCCGUGGCAGGCUCCAAACGGGGCUGUACGGGGUCCUCGCUGCCCGUUGCCCCAGAACUUGUCCCCGUGGGAUCGGACUAGUCGGAGGGUGAGUAGCCCAUCGUUCCCUGAAGCCUCCUCCGCGUGGGAAAAUCAGAAUCUGGCCGUCGAGGAAACUGUGAGCAGGAGAAGCCCUUCCCCUCCGAUCCGUUCCCAGUGGAAUCAGUGUGUUGCUGGGGAAAGGAGCCCGUCCUUCGAAGCCCCUUCCCAGUGGGAGAUUCCACAUUCGGCAGUCGGGGAUACGGUGGAGCCAGGUAGCAGCCCGUCCCCGCCGGCCUUCUUCCCGUGGGAGGCUCCAGAUCGUCCUAUUGGAACUUGGGGCGCAUCUCCCCAAGAGACGUGGGACCCCAUGGGGCCAGGCGCAUCGAUAGCAUUUACUCAUGAAGCUCAGAAUGGGUUAACUCAGGAGGAAUUGGCACCGCCUACACCGUCCCCACCCGGGACUCCAGAACCAGCAGAGAUGCAGAGUCCAUCCACGCGGGAGAUUCCGGAUCUUGCCUUUGGAGGGAGUCAGCCGUCCCCAGAGGUGGCAGCACCCGACAGCCACCUUGUGGGCACCCUGGACGCCGAUAAGUGCCCGGAAGUCUUGGGUUCUGGAGAGGGGGCUUCAGGACGUCCGCGCGUGGCCAUUCCGCGGCCUCGAGACGUGCGCAAGUUGGUGAAGACCACGUACGCGCCAGGCUUCCCGGCAGGAGCCCCAGGCUCAAGGCUGCCUGCGCCUCCUGCCGACCCCUGCGGGGAGGAGGGCAGCGAAUCCAAGACGCAAGAGCCGCCGGCACUGGGGCCCCCGGUCCCGACUCACUACACUUCCGUUUUCAUCAAGGAUUUUCUACCGGUCGUGCCGCACCCCUACGAGCCUCCAGAACCGUCCUUCGACACGGUCCCCCAGGACGCCUCACAGCCCAACGGGGUCAUGCGGCGGAGGGCAGAGAACAGCACGGCGAAGCCCUUCAAGCGCACAGAGAUCCGCCUGCCUGGGGUCCUGGCCUUGGGUCGCCGGCCCGAGGUAACCUCGGGAGUGCGAGCGCGCGGCCCUGGAGGAAAGAACAGGGAUGCAGAGGCCCAGCGCCUUGUCCCCGACGGCAAGGGUCGGACCAGCCCUCUAGGCGGCGCCCGCAGCUCAUCCCAGCGAUCCCCCGUAGGGCCAGCAGGGGUCCGAUCGCCCCGCCCCAGCUCCCCUCAGGUGCACGCCAGCCCGAGCCCUGGGAUAGCACCCAAACCGAAGACACCUCCUACAGCCCCCGAGCCCGCGGCUGCCGUCCAGGCGCCACUCCCGCGGGAGCCCCUGGCGUCGGCGGGCAGGACGGCCCCGGCCCAGCCCCGUGCUGCCUCGGCGCCUCCCACAGACCGGUCCCCGCAAAGCCCCUCCCAGGGAGUGCGCAAGCCGCCCGGGGCCGCGCCCCGGGGGAAGGUCUUGGUGGACCCCGAGAGCGGCCGCUACUACUUCGUGGAGGCGCCGCGUCAGCCUCGGCUGCGGGUGCUCUUCGACCCCGAGAGUGGGCAGUACGUGGAGGUGCUGCUGCCGCCCUCGUCCCCUGGGCCGCCCCACCGCGUCUACACCCCUCUGGCCCUGGGCCUCGGCCUCUACCCGCCUGCCUAUGGGCCUAUACCCAGCCUCUCCCUGCCACCGUCCCCAGGCCCACAGGCUCUCGGCAACCCCCAGCUACCCUGGGUCUCUGAGGCAGGGCCCCUGGACGGGACCUACUACCUGCCAGUGAGCGGAACCCCCAGCCCUGCACCUCCUCUGCUCUUCUGUGCGCCGCCCUCCAGCUCAGUUCCCACCCAGCCCGGCAAGGGUUCCUUGUUCCCACUGUGAGGCCCCGGGCAGAUCCCCAUGGAGUUGGAGCCCUUGGAUGGCCUGGGAGGUUCUGGCAUCCAAGCCCCUACCCUCCUCUC